AUGAUGCUGAAUAUCGCCACGUUUGGCGCACGUCCGGGCGGAGUUUCUGUGGUGCGAUUCCCUUGCCAAACGGGUAGCUCCGAGUAGCAUUUUGUUGUAUGUCGUACUUUUACUUGUACCGGAAUGUAUUUGACUAUAUGGACCGCUUCUCCUGCGAUCAAAUCCAUGUGUCCUGGGUUUUGGAUAUGGUGUAUGCAAAUUCGUCGGGCGGUUUUACGUACUUGUUAUCAGUGAAAAUAAAUAUUAUGAAUACUACUUGGGUUAUAAUUAUAUACAUAUAUGCGUACGUAUUGGUGGAUAGCAAAAGUAUUUGGUUUCGUGAGUGGCGUACAGGUGCUUUACAGUUCUACGGUGCGGAUUGCUAUUCCUUGAACUAAAAAAAAUUUCUUUCGAGAUGAGUCUGAUUAUUGUAAACGAUCGUGCAUGGGAGGAUUUUCUGCAGAGAUUCGAAAUGCUCUCUGGAUUCCUCGUGAAACGUCUGGACAACACCUACAUGUUCUUCCAUCCGUCGUUCAGAGAAUGGUUGAUGAAUUCGCCAUCAGUUCUGUACACACAUACAAAAAUAGUUAAUAUAUAUAUAUAUAUAUUAUAUUUUUUUUUAUAUAUAUAUAUGUUUCAUUCGGACCUGUUCCUUGUAUGAAUACUGUAUCUCUGUAUAUAAUAUAAUAUAUAUAUAAUAUGUUAUGAUUAUGUUAGUUGUUAUUUAUUAUAUAUAUUUUCCUUAACUCUCUCCCCCUUUUUUUUUCUUGUUUUUUUUUUUAUUAGUACCUAAAAUUGCUAUUAUGAUGCUGUAUUACAUUGUAUUGGCUAUUAUUUGUGAUGAGGUGCGUAUGUGUGGGGUGCGCGCGACGAAUUUUUCAACAUGGUCGCUUGCGUGUAUCGUUGGUUUAAUGUCAACAAUUCUACUCUUUCGAUGCUGCAUCACUUACCUAGAUCAUUCCCACAACAUCAUCCGAUUCUUCGAUAUGCCUUGGAUACUUACUACGGUUGUCUUCAAUCGUCUUAUAUCUGUGGCCAUAAUGGUUUCCGCUAUCUGUGUUGUUCGACGAACAGCGCCAUGCUUCCACACUGGCUGUCGUACAUGGUGUUCUGCAAACAGAGAUCCAUAACCUAUUUUGCACGUAAACCUUCUCGUGUGAUGAUUACUUGUUCACAAGGUGUUCGAUAUCUGUAUUAUUCGACGAAUAGCACUACAACAUACACUACUGCACUACGUUGCCCACUGAAAUCACUUUAUUCAUUGUUUAUUUCGGUUAUGCGCUAGUUUUACCUUGUUUAAGUGCACCGUUCGCGGAAUCCCUUUUACUUCAAUCUUGACGUUUUGGUUCUGCAAGAUUUCUAGCACCUUGUAUGGUCCAGUAUAUUGAUCGGAGAAUUUUCCUUUACUAGGUUCUUUUAGUAGAUAUAUCGAAUCUCCUGUUUUAAAAUCUUGAGGGUUAAUUCGCCGAUCGUUAGUCUUAGUUUGGAUUUUAUCAAAUUUUCUCUUGCCAUUCGUUGUACAGUGUCAAUUUUAUUAAACAGAUCUUCGAGAUAUUCUGCGCAUGUUGGUUCCGUGUUCUCUUCGAUUGUUACUUCACCAAUAGGUUCUCUGGCUAGAUGUCCGAAACUAAUUUGUGCGGGGAGAGUUUCGUUCCUUUCCUACAUUUUAGUUUUUGUUUUGCGCCAAGACGCAAGUUUACUGACAUCGAUCCAAUUAUCCAAUUGCUUGACAAUAGUAUUCAAAAUACAAAUUUUUGAAAGUGCCGCAGCCAUAUUAACCCAAAAAUAUUUUGUAUAUAGUAUAGUGUGAUACCAUCUAUAUUUUCCUGGGGAAAUCAUAAGAUCAGCACUACCUACUAUGUUACCUACGUCAAAUAUUAGAUGUAGUAACCAAUAAAGUAUUUUUAAUCCAAUUAUAAUCCAA